UGGACGGCAGUAUUAUUGUAAGCUUACACUACCUUCAUAUUAAUUUCGUAGUUGGACUAAUUAAAACAUUUGUCAGGAAAACAUGAAUGAAUAUGUUGUUCACGAUGGUUUUUCUGACUGUCAGCCUAUCCAGUGAAGCCCAUCCCUUCCUGCGUCGUGUGCGAGAUACACUUGAGGAUUACCUGGAGCCUCUCGAUGUAGAUGAACAAAUCCUGCAAGAGUCAAAUACUCGCAUCAAACUCGACGCUUUCGCCCCUCCGUAAUGUACAUUGAUACAUUCAAAGUAGCCUUCCCCGGU